CAACUCUCAUAUACAGGAGCAUUGUGCUACAGAAAACUGUUGUGUUUGUUUCAAGAUGUCUGGUAGAGGAAAGACUGGUGGUAAGGCACGCGCUAAAGCCAAAACUCGCUCUUCUCGAGCUGGAUUGCAGUUCCCCGUGGGUCGUGUCCACAGGCUGUUGAGGAAAGGCAACUAUGCUGAACGAGUGGGUGCUGGUGCUCCUGUCUAUUUAGCUGCUGUGCUUGAGUACCUGACGGCUGAAAUUCUCGAGUUGGCCGGUAAUGCCGCCCGUGACAACAAGAAAACCAGAAUUAUUCCUCGCCAUCUGCAGUUGGCAGUGCGUAACGACGAAGAACUAAAUAAGUUGUUGGGUGGAGUGACCAUUGCUCAGGGUGGUGUGUUGCCUAACAUUCAAGCUGUGCUUCUCCCCAAAAAAACGGAGAAACCCGUUAAGAGCAAAUAAGUUCCUGGGGAGACCCUUUUCAAAACACCAACGGCUCUUUUCAGAGCCACC